AGCUGUCAAAUGUCAAAUAAUGUAUAAAUAAAAUAGUUUAAAAACGAAAAUGGUUUAUUAGGAUGUAAUUUAAAAAUGGAUAUUUUGAAUUUGUUAAAUGAAAUUAAUGGAGAUUUUGGAAACGUCCUAAAAUCUUUUUGGAUUGGAAGUACUUAUACCAACUACUUUGAAGUGAUUUUGGAAUUACUAGUGUUCAAGGCAUGUUACUCUUCCAGUUUAAUUACGCGUUAGCCCUACUUAUCUUUGCCAUUCUUGGAUGUUCUUGUUGGUAUAGUUUCCGCAGAUGGCAAAUACGAGGUAUAUCUCUAAAGCAAUCUACACCUUUUGGGGGAUCACGUUUUCGAAAACGAGACAAAGCACUGUUUUAUGGAAGGAAAAUGUUAAGGAAAGUCAAAUCGUUAUCGGGUCAAGUUCGCAGUUCCGGUCAGGGCCGAAAACGAAAACUGGUAAUGAGAUUUGCCCGAAAGUUGUUGCGUCUACGUAAAGAAAAUGAAUUGGAGCAAUUAAAGGUUUUAGAGCCGCCCGCCGAGUAUUUGGAGGAAGACUUGUUUAGUGAUGAUCGUAUGCCGAGGGAUGUGUACUACUUGCUAAAAAGCAUGCGAGUUUUUGGCUACUUUGAAACUCCAGUUUUUCUAAAAAUAUGCAAACAAACGGAAAUAAUGAACGUGCCCGCAGGUUCAUUUCUUUUUAAAAUCGGCGAACCAGAUGAAAAUGUUUUUAUUGUUCAGAGUGGUAAAGUUAACGUGUUUAUUACGGCUGUGGAUGGAUCAAUUUUAUCGUUAAAGAUGGUUAAAACUGGCGAAUCUGUUACGUCCCUACUGAGUUUUACAGAUGUCCUUACGGGUCAUCCAAAUCCGUACAGAACAGUGUCCGCAAAGGCCAUGGAGGAUUCUACAAUUGUAAAACUUCCUAUGGCUGCUUUUCAUGAAAUUUUUCACGAAUGCCCUGAUACCUUUAUUAGAGUCAUACAGGUUAUUAUGGUACGACUUCAACGAGUUACUUUUACAGCGCUUCAUCAGUAUCUGGGUCUUAGCACAGAACUUAUUAAUCAGGUAUUCCUUUUUUACAAUUUUUAAACGUAUCAAUUGGAGAUAUGCCAUAAAGUCGAACAAAGAUUACCAAGUAGGUUAAUAGAGGCAUGAACCCCAAGAUAAAACCUAUUUUACUCACUAGCAAGUGCUUAACAAUAAAAGUAGCAUAUCCAAUUAAAAAAGUAAUUGCAAUUUAUAAUUUAGUCCUGUGUUUUAAUUUGCUGAUAAUUAUGUCUAGUGAAACCAUUAUCAUGGACCUAUGUGGUCAUAUUUUUUCCUUUAUUAGUGCUAUGUGAUAAAACAUUUUCAAGAUAAGAAAUCAUAAUCAUUAGGAAGUGCGAACUUCUUGCCAUUUCCAUAAAGUAGCAAUCAAUAGGUACCUACAUAUUUAUGUAGCACGCAUUAGUAAAGC